CUGCGCGCACCUGCCGAUCCCGAUCCGCCCAUUGACGCAAUAGCCCUCACAUCGACCACCUCAACAACAACCCUCAUCUCUCCUUCCUCCGAGCCUCCGCCGUCCUUCCUCCCCUUUCUCCUCCGCCCCUCCGUCACGGCUCUGCCACCAUCUCAAUUCUCCGUCAUGCCUCUCCACGCCGAGAGGCCCAUUGUGCGCGUCGAGCCUGGCUCGAUGCACACCAUCGAAACCCGCAAUCCCGAGAAUCUCUUUGGCCUGUGGUCCGUCUUCUCAAAAUGCUCCCCCGCCAUGGAGGAUGGGAAGAGAUAUGAGAAUCUCGCCUGGCGAUUGUGGUCCCGCGAGACCUUCUGCUGCGCCCACGAUCACACCUUCCCCCCUAGGUGGUCCUUCGACCGUCGCGUUACUGGAGAUGCCGCUGAACCCCCAGAGCUCUCCUCCAGCGUAGCCUCCGACGACUCCAUCUCAGACAGCGCCAUCACGGCCACCACCCGCUCCAACUCCUCCAUCUCCCGCCCCAAACUCGGUCGACAAGACUCGACUGCGAGCCAAGCGCGUGGUAAGCAUACUACGCCCAUCGACCUCGAAAAGGUCGUGAGCUCCAUACAAGAGAGGAAGGCCAUCGAGCCCCUUUCCCCGCUUCCCGAGCUGCUGGCAAGGCCGGUCCUGCUCCCUACCACGAAACCCUCCGAAAACACAACCCCCCGACCAUCCUCUCCUCCGCGCGUGCGCUACGUUCCCCAGUCUUCGUCGACAGUCGCUACUGCAGUAGAUAGCAACUCCACCAGCCCCCCUGUUGGCUCUGAUACGAGCGCCUGCACCGAGGUCAGCACCCACAGCGUCGUGCACGGCUUCAGCCCUACACACAUCUCCACCUCGAUACGCUCCAGCACGAAUCUGAACCCGAACCCUAUCCUCAAGAACAGCGUGGUGCCGAGAUCAGAGUUUCCCAAGGUCGAUCUCGCCAAGAAGAAGAAGACGGUCUUCACGCUCGGUGGCUCCUCCGACGAAGAUACCCUCAGUUCCUUUGAACACUCGUACAUGGCCAAGCACACUUCACUGUCCGACAACAUGCAGAGGUCAGGCCCCAUGAGCAAAGUGACCUCCUUCAAGGAGGAUGUCACUACCCGCACCUUCCAGGAAGCGUCCGAGGAAAGCGAGGAAGCCAUCGAGACGGAGAGCGAGGAAGACUCGGACGAUAACGCCAUCGAGGAUGACGAUUCAGACGACGAGGACUGGGAGGACGACGACAACAGCGGGCCCAGCAGCCUCAACGAGAGGGAAAUGUUCAAGCGAGUGGAUUCCAAGCCGAACCUGACCUCGCGACGAUCCCUCCUCACCACCCUCAUGCACGAACGCGACCGUGCGAGCGCGCUGCAGAACGCCGCAUCCCGCUCAACCCCAGCGAUUCGUCGAUCACGAGCCUCGAGUCCAAACGGCCCUUCGACCGGCGUCUCUCCCCCAGAAGAUGGCGGCCUGAUGAUGCGGACCCAGGUUCCCCGCUCCAAGCCCAUCAUCAUGACCACGUCGAACGUGCAUCCCCCGGCACUGUCGCCGCGCACCACCCGCCGCAACAUGCUGCAGACCGAGCUCACCCAGUCACUCCGCCAGAAUCUCCUCUGGGAGAGGCAGCAGAAAAACUCGACAAAGAAUGCAGUCAACAAGCGCGCUCAGAGCGCAGUCAAUCUCCCUGCCCUGCGCCGCGCCAUGACUACAAGUGACAUCCAAAACAUGAAUGGCCGCGACGCGCUACCUCCCGCGCUCCGGUCGUCGACCAUUCGGGAAGCGGCCAAGAACAGCUCCUUCAACGAUUAUUUCGACCAGGGCCUCGGAGAGUACCACCACAAGGGAUGGUAGUAUACUCGGUGGCGAUUCCACCUUUUUCCGUUUACAUUGCAUUAUUUGACUUUUUAGCGGCAUUGCCAUGCUGAAGCAUGGCACAGAGGCGUUUUUUUGGUUUUUUUUAUUUCUACUGCGAUUGAUCCAGCUAUCCCUAUCGAAGCGGACGCCGCAGCAU